GUCUCUCGGCGUUCUCUACACGUUCGUUGUUUAACGAAGUUUGAAAUUCAUCACCGUCAUCGUUGCUUCUAUUUUCGUUUCUUCGUGUUCAUAAUUAAAAGCAAUAAUGUACUUGAUUAUGUCGAGAGUGUUCGUUCCUCAGUUACACUAGCAACUUUAUCUUCGUAUCUCCAUUUUUUAACGACCUACGUACUUUCUCAGUGCGGAAAAAAAUAGUGGCGUCGUCGUUCUAGGUCUCGGUCUGGGUCACGUUUAAUCGGAACGCAGAAACUUGAGAUAGUUUGCUCCCGGGAUCGUCGAGAGCUCGACGAAGCGACAUUCACAAAUGUCUCGUUCAGCCAAAGACAAGCAAUCCUUGGGACGAAGACACGAUGACGAAAGUGAGCCGUUCAUCGUGGAGGAAAUAUCCGGCAGUCCGAAAAUCAGAGGAAGACGAAAAAUAAGUCAAGAGGAAACUUUCGUCAUUGAAAAUAUCCCACGAAGUCCCGUCGCCAGAGGAAGAAGAAUAAAUUCCGAAGAGGAGAGUCUAUUGGUCCGUGAAAUGUCUGGAAGUCCUGUCAUGAGAGGAAGAGGGUCAAGAACGACGACGACCGAAGGAAGAUCAACUUCGGACGCUGUCGAUUCGACCAGAGACGCCCCAAUCUGGACCUCGAAUUCCGAUAAUAUCGCUAGAUCAGCGACGACCCCGACAGCGCCGACGAUCGACGACACUCAAAAUAGCCGACGCAACGACCUACCCACGCAUGAGGAUGCACCACCUUCUUACGAAUCCUCCAUACCGCCGAGCCACAUCGGAUGGGCUUCCGAUGUUACAAACCAAAUACCAUUUCCCAUGCCCCAUUCCGAGGGCAACGAUGAGCCUAAAGUGCCAUUUCAAUCACGACCAAACUGCCCUUAUCCUUUGAUGGAACUUUCACCUUUACCUAAAUCUUACCUCUCGUUGGAACGAUCUAGCUCGAGAUCGCCAUCACAGAGCCCAAGUCCAAAUACGUUGAGGCCGCUUUAUACGCAGCACACGAGAGCAGCGUAUCUUUCAAGGCCAGCGGCGAGGCCUCAGUACAGGUACGGGAAUGAAUUUGAGAACGAAACGAUAGAUCCUUUGAAGGUGAACGAAGAGCCGUACAAACACGGAGGAACGGUCGUGGCUAUUUUUUUCGUAGUUUUUAUGAUCUGUUUGGCAAUAAUCGUCACAUUUGUUGCCAGACACAGAGGUCGUGGAGGAUGAAUAAGGAUUCAUUAAAUCAAUGGAAUGAAAUGAAAAUGUUUACGAAAUAUGAAGAUAAACUAGUUUCGAUGGAACCAAAAAGUUUCAUGUUUUUCGUACGAUCACGUGUUCUCUUUUUUAAGAAUCUCUUUGUAAAUUUGCACUGAUAAGUUUUUUUUUUAUAAAUACACUUUUGAAAAAAAAAAAAAUUCAAAU